GAUUGUAAUUCUUCGAAACAGUCAACCAGGGAUAAAGAAUCGAGAGAAUCCAUGUCGUUCAGCCCUGUGGAUGCUCUAGCUCUAUCUGAGUAUUCGUCACAUGAUUUUUCCUCGCCAAUCAACAAUCUCAAAUCGAUGGCCAAUCAAUCAUUCCCCUUUCUUUCUUUACCUACAGAAAUCCGUCUAAAAAUCUAUCUCCUCCUCCUUCCACCUCGCCACCAUAAAAUUACAACACAAAUCCCCCACAAUGGAUACUACUUCCCACCCAAAUGCCUACCUCUUUGCGCAGCCCAAUCAUUCUACCCCAUAUCCCCAGACACCCCCGAAAAACUCACCACCUACAAAGUCCUCUCGGCUAAUUUCCAUACCGACCAUCCCAAUCCGAGCAUCCACACGCGCAUUCUAAGUGUAUGCAAACAGACCAAAGAAGAAGCCGAAGAAGUGCUUUAUGGAAAUGGAAAUAGUAUCUGGGAUUUCGGUAUGAAUAUCGAAGCUGUACAACCGUUUUGGACGGAUAGAAGCCAGGGUGCUCGGGCAUGGGCUCGAAAUUUGAAGAUUGCGAGGGAGGUUCCAGAGUCAUUGAUGGGUGCUUGUAUUGAUAUUGAUGUGACGUGGGAACUUUUCUGUGGAUUCAUCACCCGCGAAUUGUUAGGGUUGAAAAAUAUGGAUUUAACGGUUUGGGGAAACUCCCAAGCAGAAGAAUCACGCGAUAGUUCCGAAUCGGUCGACAUGGUAGAUGUGAUGUCGGUAGAUGGGGGUGAUGUCCCAGAAGCAUCGAAAUCGUUAUUAGAAUCGAGGGGUUUGGAUACAUGGACGUUGCGCGAUUGGGAGUAUACGAAGGAAUUACUCUCGCAUGAAGGGUUGAGGAGUGCAACGGUGACGUGUUGGGGGUUUAGAGAGGGGGUUAAGAGUUCGUGGGCGAAGUGGAUGUUGGAGAGUCGGUCGUUGACGGAGGAGAUGGUUAGGGAGGGGGAGGUGGUUCAGGAUGUGGUGGUUUGGAAUGGGGGUGGGAUUUGAUGUGGUUAGGUGAGGAGUAGAGAAUUGUGAAGUUUGAGGUCUCGCUUAAGAUUGAGGUAAUUAGAUCGUCCUACAUAAUGUAAUAUCGUAUCACA